CUUUGUGUGCCUUUGGGCUAAAGUAGGUCCUGCUAAAAAUGACGGAAGUAUUAUAAAAGAUGAUGCGAGUUUAAUAUCAAACUGUUUGAUCAACUGAUUCACAAAUACACAAAUAUCAAGAUGAGACAGAUUACUUUCUUAACUGUUUUCUUUCUUCACGUGACCAUACCAGUAAUAGAAGGACAAAUAAACAUCACGUUGAAUGCCAUAUUGAGACAGGCUUUAGAUGACGCAAUUAAUACUGUACAACCACAAACAUUUGCAAGUUUACGAAUUCGGCCUGGCCAAGCUGGUCAAGCUGGUCAAGCUGGAGCUGGUCAAGCUGGUCAGAGGGGUCCAACAGGAGCUGCUGCUGCUGCACCUCCACCGACAGCACCAGUUGGAAGAAGUCCUCAAGAUUUACUAGACCUGUUUGGUGGACAAACAGAAGAUCCACAAGCAUCAUCUGCAAAUAGUAUUUCAGGACAAUUGUUUAGAACAUUUAGACAAAAUGUUGCACAGGCGGGUCAAUCAUUCCGCAGUCGAGCAGUCCAAGCAGAGUUACCUUCCUUGGCUGAUGUUAUCAAGCGAAACUGUAUGUUGCCGCUCAGACCUGUUUGUGUUGAUGGGUAUCCAUACAGAUAUCCCGACGGAUCAUGCAAUAAUCCAAAUACAAAUAUACUAAGAGGAGCGGCACAGACUGCUCAGCCACGAUUUGUGGAUGCUGAAUACGAGGAGGACGGCAUUUCCGACGACCUUCCAAGAACACACAGUAAAAAUGGCGACAAGCUGAAAAGUGCGAGGUUGAUUUCAAAUACCGUCCUAAGUACAACACAAAGCGAAAGGUCUCCUAAAAGCACGAGACAUACUUUGACAUUGGUGCAUUUUGCACAGUUUGUUGACCAUGAUGUAGUCAAAACUCCUUCCACAAAGAUAAGAGUCGAGGACUCGAACGAUCCGUACGCCGAAAUAAAAGUCGAAGAUUGUAACGAACAUUGUGUAACUCCAAAAGAACACUGUUUUCCAAUUGAAGUUCCUGAUAAUAACUUUGUGAGCGAUUGUAUGCAUUUCGUGAGGAAUAAACCAGCACCAGGAGAGGAUUGUAUGCCAAAAACCAGGGAGCAAUUAAAUGAACGGACGUCCUUCUUGGAUUUAUCUUCGACUUAUGGAAGCAGUGAAAGACGUUUAAAUGACCUCAGAGAAUUUAAAAAUGGACGACUGAAUGCAAGUUCAGAUGACCUUCUGCCUGAUGGGCCACCUAAUGAUGACUGUUUAGAUACUCAAAUUUGUUUCAUUUCUGGCGAUGAUCGGUUCCAAGAAGUUCCAAUGCUAACAGUUUUACACAUCAACUUCCUAAGGGAGCAUAAUCGUAUAGCAGAAAAACUCCAUAAAAUUAACCCUCAUUGGGAAGAUGAGAAAUUAUUUCAGGAAGCAAGGAAAAUCUUGACUGGAAUAUAUCAACAUAUUGUUUAUAAUGAGUUCAUUCCACUCUUAGUGGGACAGUCUACAGCACUAGGCUCUAACUUAUUAAGUUCGAGCACAGGUCAUCGUAACAGUUACAAUCGUUUCAUCGACCCAGGAACUCACAACGGAUUUGGAGCGGCCGCCUAUAGGUUUGGUCAUUCUUUAGUAGGACGUUUUACUCGUGCACUGAAUUCAAAUUUUGAAGAGAAAAUUAAAAAUGAAUUACGAUUGGACUUUUUCAAUAAUGUAAAAAUUCGAGAUCCUACGAUUGGCCCAACACGUAUUGGUCGCUGGAUGGCAGACAUGGUAAUGAGGAAAAGGGAUAAGUUUAUCUCCGAUCAAGUGAGAAAUCAUUUAUUUGAAACCAAGUUUACUUUCCCUAGUAAUGGUUUUGAUCUAGCUGCCUUUAACAUCCAGAGAGGACGAGAUCAUGGCAUACCUGGUUACAAUAAGUUUAGAGAGUUCUGUGGUUUAUAUCCCGCAACUAUGUUUAAUGAUGGACCAAUGGGAUUUAGAGAUCAUGACUAUGAAACUACUCAAAAACUGCAAAGCAUGUAUGGUCAUCCAGAUGACGUGGAUCUGUUUGUUGGUGGUAUAUCAGAAAAACCAAACCAGAACGGAGAUAUAUUAGGACCAACAUUUAAAUGUUUGAUAGCACAACAGUUCCAGAGGUACAAAGAAGGAGAUAGAUUCUUCUACGAAAAUCCAUUCGAAGACACUGGUUUUACUGUCGAACAACUGAAUGACAUCAAGAAACAGACAUUUGCAGGAAUAUUUUGCCGCAGUUUACAUCUAAAGGUCAUACAAGGGAAAGUUUUUGAAAAAGAAAGUUACAUAAAUCCACGUGUAAAAUGUGAAAAUGUUCCACAGCCAAAUUUAUAUUUAUGGAAGGAAAAGAAAGGUUAUUUGAAACAUUAA